UAAUAAGGGACUAGAUGAGAUUCAGAUCAAGUAUAAAUAUUCAGAAUGCUCACACCUCAAAUCAUCAGUCUGAUUUCCCACUGUCUGCAGUGCAGUUUAAGAACAAAUCUUACACACUUAGCUUCAAAAUGAACACAUUUUUCUCCCUCCUCGUCUUGGCAGUCCUCGUGGCUGUGGCGUCCGCCGGAGAUUUGGGAUAUUACGGUGGUGGAUAUGGAUAUGGAGGUGGCUGGGGUUAUGGGGGUGGAUACGGACUGGGGUACGGUGGGUGGGGUGGACCCUGGGGGGGCUACAAUGGUUAUUAUGGGGGUGGUUGGGGUGGGGCAUAUAAUGGCUGGGGCGGUUAUGGUGGCUUCCGCAGCUACGGGUGGGGAUGGUAGAUUUCGAUCGAGCUAAUUGUUAGUUUAAUCCAGUAGUAAAACGAUAAUCGAGUGCCAAAGAAGUUUGUGAUCUUGUAUAAAUUAAUUGUCCCAAUGCGGUACAAAUAAGGAAAUUUUUAAUAAAACGAUAUAUAAAUUCGUAAGUAA